AUGGCGACUGUACCACCCAUAGCUACAUCAUCAAGCUUGGGAGAAGAAGAGGCCAAAAGCAUACCACAUAGCUCAAGAAAACGCAAACAUGAAGACCAUUUGAAUAGCGCUGUCGAAAUAUCCCGAUUAGAGUCUAUCGUAUGUGGUGGAUCGGCUGGAUUAGUGUCUAGAUUUGUUAUAUCACCGUUAGAUGUUGUUAAGAUCAGGCUUCAGCUCCAGAUAAAAAGGUUACCACUGGGUCCUGCUGGUAUCACUGCAGUUCCAGGUGAAACUAUAUUUAAAACAGUGAAAGAUAUUUAUCAGAAGGAAGGCGUUAAGGUGUUUUGGAAAGGAAACGUACCAGCUGAAGUAAUGUACGUUCUGUACGGAGCAAUUCAGUUUACAACCUAUAAAUCCGUCAGCAAGUUCUUAAAUGACGAUGUCCACUGGCUCGGGGAAACACCGAAGCUGUUGAUUUCCGGAUCUCUUGCAGGCACUGCUGCCACUUGCUUAACGUACCCUUUAGAUCUGCUUAGAACCCGUUUUGCGGCCGAUUCUUCUAAGCAACGUUCAUCGAUUCUUGAAUCAGUAAGAAGUAUUGCUCGUAUCGAAGGUGCAAAAGGGUUUUAUAGAGGAUUAAGUCCUACGUUGCUUUCAUUGAUACCGAACAUGGGCAUUUUUUUCGUAACGUACGAAGAAACGCGACGAUUAAUGAAUGCCAGCAAUCUUGACUCCAUAUUACCAGCACCUGAAGCGACUGCUGGAUUUAUUGCAGGCGUUUUCAGUAAAGGAUGCGUUUUUCCACUAGAUGUAAUCAGAAAGCGACUACAAGUGCAAGGACCGUCUUAUGGCCGUCGUACCGAUAUCCCAAUAUACCCAGGAAAUCUGUUCAAGUGUGCAAAACAUAUUGUGAUCCAUGAAGGAGCUCGUGGACUCUAUAAAGGGUUCCUGAUCUCGUUACUAAAAAGUGGCCCUUCUAGUGCCGUGACCAUUUGGACGUUUGAGAAUUCGCUAAAAGUUAUGAGAUAUUUCUCAAAUAAUCAAACAGCUACUGAUUCUUUUUAA